CACAUUAAAAACAGCUACCAACUCACAAAAUCCCGUAUGUGUCCCCGAGCGAGCCCAGUUGAAGGCGCGACAGUUCUGGAAUUUAAGGUGUACGAGGAGCUAUGAAUGCAACAUUAUUUCCUGUUCAAAGGAUAUAUCGUCAGUAAAAGCCAAAGGUAGUUUAAUGUAUUUUUUAUCCGGGCAUUUGCUUGACACUCUAUCUGAAACUUGUUUACUGAGCUAUGGCAGUAUAGAAAGCUUUCCAGCAAUGCUUUGGGAAUAUAUGGACGCGGCUCGACGACUUGGAAAUUCAGCGGGCUCUACGAGCGAGUGAGAGACAUGGACAACUCUGUCACCCUGUGGCAGUUUCUUCUCCAGCUCCUAUUGGAUUCCAGUAAUGAGCAGCUGAUCUGCUGGACCAAUGAGGAAGGGGAGUUCAAGCUGCUGCAGGCAGAGGAGGUGGCCCGGCUGUGGGGUGCUCGUAAGAACAAGCCCAAUAUGAACUAUGACAAACUCAGCAGGGCCCUUAGAUACUACUACGACAAGAACAUCAUAAAGAAGGUCAAUGGUCAGAAGUUUGUCUAUCGCUUUGUGUCCUAUCCUGACAUCCUGAAAGGAGAUGUUGCUACCCGAACAGAGGGCGGGGAUAUGGGUGCUGGUGGCAUUCCUCCCCUAACAAGAAGGGACAGCACCCUACAAGAGGGUGAUUCUGGGGAUAGAGCCAAGGUAGGAAGCAGUACAGCGGCUCUUGGCUCAAGCACCAAGCAGUCAAACCGUAACGACUACAUCCACUCUGGCUUGUACACCUCCUUCACACUCAACUCACUGCAAAAUGGACGCCAGCUCUUCAAGUCCAUCAAAAUAGAGAAUCCAGCAGAGAAGUUGGCUGACAAGAGGAGCCUCAUUGCCACAGCCCAGAGCCAGGAAGCAGUACCUCAGCCACAACAGCCAACUACUUUGCCAUCCGUCAUCAAGUUUGGAAACACCCCUCCAAAGCCAGCACCAGCACCGCCUCCUCAGGUUGCCAUAGAGCCAACCCUGAUAUCCAGCCACUUAGAUCCUCUGCAAGGUCCACCCCCAAGGGCUGAAGAAUUCAGCACACACUCCUCCCUGCCACCCCAUUCCGUCUACGCAUUUGAACACAUCCGCCCAUCAGAACCAACGUUCAGCUUACCAGACCUGACGUCGGCCAGCCCAUCCCCAAGCUUAGUGCCUGACUCCUCUCAGGAGCUAGUGAUUGACAGCGACAUUGAGUCUGGAUCAUCUCAGCCUGCAGACGCUCAGGCACCGGAGCCCACAGAUGCUCAGGCACAGGAGAAGGUGGACAAUGGCAUCGGUCUGUCUGGAGAUGAGAUCAUUUUGGCUGAAACCAGUUCAUCCUCAGUGAGCAGCUGCACCACAGUCAGCAUUCAGAGCUCAGGAAAGACACGUAAGCCACCGAAAAUCCUGCAGAUCAGCCCACCAACUCUUCUGGUCACCACCUCGGACUUCUCCCCCAUGAACCUCUGCAGUCCUUCACUACCUACUGCCUCUCUCACACCAGCAAUGCUACAGACUCCCACUUUAUUGCUGACUCCCAGUCCUCUGCUGUCCAACAUCCACUUCUGGAGCACACUCAGUCCCGUCGCUCCACUCAGCCCAGCCACACGACGCCAGGGAGCCCACCUGUUCCAAUUUCCGUCGGUCCUCACCCCCCAGUUCCAAAUCCCUGUACAUAGUAUGGAUGGGACCAACACACCUGGCCCCAUUUCACCAGACCCUCAAAAGACAUAGGAUUAACCCCCCAUAGAAUCUCCACAUUUGUACACGGACAGCCAGACACUUCCCCCCUCCAGCUCCAUCUCCUGCCCCACUUCAAGGGCAAGUCAAGUGGAAGCUCAGUCAUUGCCAUUCCCCAUAACUCUGGUGCUUUAAAGUUUGCUGUCACAGAAUUCACACUACAGUCUGUGUGGAGGGAGGACCUGGAAUGGUAUUGCCAGUCCAGGUUUGAUGGACUAGGGUAACACAUUCAGUUUGUUCGAUAGCAUUUACACCCUGAGGGUGCUAUUCUGCACUCUUAUACAGUGAUGCCAUGGUUCCAUAUGCACUUCUGAAUUAAUUUUGUCUGGCUUUUUGGGAUCCUCAGUCAUAAGAACUCAAAGAAGGGAAGAAUUUCCAUGGCAACAGUGUGCGCAUGUGGAUUGGACCGUCAGCAGCCACAAUCUGCUUCAUACUUGGACUCAUAGACCAGUGGGAUUGCAGACAUCUGAAUCUUUCUUUUUAUCUAAUUUCCUUCUUAUCUUGUGCAACAGUGUUACUUCCAAAAAAAGACAGGUUUUUGUUUUCUGUUACCAGGUCCUAACCUGUUUUCUCUUCUGCUGACAAUGAUUCUGUUCCUUUUUGUGCUCUGUCCUUAACUUGUACUCAUUUUUAAGGGUAGCGCUUUUACCAGAUAACUUGCAUGUUUACCUGUAAUUUUUUAUCUUCUACUCAGCUCUCAACCUGAGCUUAAAUGUCAAGCCUUGUCUCAGCUGCUCUUAAAUGUUGGCUAACUAUAGCCAUAUCCAACAGGACUUUUACCCUGACUGUCUUAUCAUGACAUGUGGCCAUAAUCCGAGCUAAACCUUGAAUAAUGCCUCUAUGUAAUUGUUCUGAUGUGUGUGUGUGUGUGUGUGUGUAUAUAUAUACAGUAGAAUAGCCCUGAAAGCCAGUGUCGCCUGGUCUGCCACCAGCCGGUAAGGUUACAGGUGGGAAUGAAAGAAAGUAAAGCCAUAACCUUUUCUGAGCAUUGACUCUGCAAGCAACAACUCCAAUUCUGUAUGUCUUACUGCCCUGACGUAACCUUUUCUACUUAACCCUACAUUUUUAAAGGCAGCCACACUUAUCAGUUAUCAUGUCAGAGAUGUUUAUUUUUGGUUUUUCAAAUAAAAGUUGUAGUGAAAUGGUAAAUUUUAAAGGAAUAAUUUGAUAUUUCGGGAAAUGCACUGCUUACUGGCCGAGUUAGAUGAGAAGAUUGAUACUGCUGUCAUGUUUGUAACGGUAAAUAUCUAGCUGGAACUGAAAGUAGGUUAUCUCAACUUAGCACAAAGAUUGGUGAUGGGGAAACAACUAGCCUGGCUUUGUCCGGGGGUUAUGGGGAUCAUGUACCUGGCUAUUCCUCGGCUGGGAGCAGUAGCUUUCCUGGAGUCUCUCUGGUUGCCUUGCAGCUACAAAUUACUUAAUCUGUAAAUAAACCCAAGUGUAAAAAUGACAAUCAAGAUAUAACAUGUUAUAUUAGAGAGCUUUAGGCUUUAGGGUACCUUUCUCCCCCCAUUUCCAAUCUGUAUGCUAAACUAAGCUAAUGACUGCUGGCUCCAGCUAUAUAUUUACUGUACAGACAUGAGAGUGGUAUCGAUCUUCUCAUCUAACUUUUGGUAAGAAAGCGAGUAAGUAUAUUUCCCAACAUGUCAAGCUAUUUCUUAAAUCGCAACUGGCAUUAAAACCAGAGUUUUUGUUCCUCAUAAAGCAAAAUCACAGUAGACCUUGAAACCUCGUUGGCUGGCCAUAGGUCAGCACUGUUUUCUUUGUUGAAAUUGAAUGAGCUCUGAUGACUCAUUGCUUGCAGUGUCAGUGCAGUUAUUUAAACCCAUACUGAACCUCCAAAUCUUAGUAGCUAGACUCUGUAACAGUAUAGUUUUCACCUUUGCCUCGCUCUAGCAAUCUGAAAUACAUCAACCUUUAAUCCUGAGGACAGUAGAAAACUUCAGGAAGUCUAAGCACCUUCUUUUCCCCUAAAACCUGCAUUAUCAGCCAUGAAAGGUGUGCACCUGUUUUGUAUAUGACUUUGAAGCCAUAAGUCUGAGAGACAGACUCAAGAGGUAGAUCCCACCUUUCUGUGCUAUUAAACAUGAUAUAGUGCGUGACAAUUGUUUACACGAUACUUAGAUAGGACACGCUAGUUUGUGUGUGUUUUACCUAAGUGUCACUUUUCUAACCCAGGGAUGGAUGACCAGCGAAUCUUGUAGGGGGGAACUUAAUGCUCACUUUUACUCAACUGACAGUCAUUGCCCCCCCCCCCACCCCCCCGCAGUCCAUCACAUUGACAUACGGUGCCUUACCACAGCCAAGCCCAAGUUUCUCUCCCAAAAGUGGAUGGGGUUCUAUCAUUUAAACGUUAGUAUAGAUCUAACAGUAUACGACAGCGUUCCUGUUUGUUUUUAUGCCAUAUCUUUGCGUAGACCAAACCAGAGCCCAAGAAGUUUGGAGUAAAACUUCACAGGGAUGUUUUGUGUGCGAGUACACUGCAGCUCCUAUGGUCUGCCACAGCAGGACCUUAAAUGCGCUGCAGUGUUCUUGAGGUUACAUUACUGUACAUACAGAGAGCAACAUGGACUAAUAUGCAUAGCAUGUAAACUGAAUCAGGCCAUAUUUUAAGAGUUGGCGGCCAUGUCUCUUUCCUAAAUGCGUACAAAUCUUUGUGAUAACAGAUCUACUAAGAAAAUAUAUAAAUAUUAUAUAUAUAUAUAUAUAUAUAAAUCCUGUCUAUCAUUUUUGUGUAAUCUUUUAUUUUCCUGUAACACCAUU